GGGCGCUUGCGCGCGCGCUCGUACAUGAGCAUACAUGUACGCGCGCCUUUUUGUGCGUUUCGUUUAUAUGAUGAAGUGAAGGAGAGCGCGCGAAUAAAGAUACAUGGAAUGGAGGAGGAGAGGAGACUGCUGCAGGCUGUGUGUGUGAGUGUGUGUAUGUGUGUGUGUGUCUGUGCGCGCGCGCUGCAGGGACGGAGGUGGGACUGGGGAAAUGCAGAAACACUGGCAAUGCGACAGCAGGCGAUAGAGCGCGCGCACACACCGGGGUAAAAGCGCGCGGCAUCUACAUGUCUUUCUGACCUCACAGAGUAGCAAAGCAUGUUGGGAAAUGUACGUGACGAGAUUGGUAAUGAGAGCAGUUCUCUCUCUCUCUCUCUCUCUCUCUCUCUCUCUCUCUCACACACACACACACUGGUGUGAGGAGACUAAGGGAUUGGCCAAUAUGUAAAUGUGCAUCAUAUACAUACAAAUGUCUGUCUGUCUGUCUGUCUCACUCUGUUUGUCUGUCUCUCUCUGUCAUCUAUCACUCUCUCUCACUCUGUUUGGCUCUCUGUCUGUCUAUCUCUCUCUCCUCUGUGUCUCUCUCACCCUUGUCUGUCUCUGUCUGUCUGUCUAUCUUUCUCCUAUGUCUGUCUGUCUCUUUCCCCUCUCUCUCAGAGGAGCGUUCUCCGUGGUGAGGCGGUGUGUGAAGAUCUCGUCAGGCCAGGAAUAUGCAGCUAAAAUCAUCAACACCAAAAAGCUCUCUGCCAGGGAUCAUCAGAAACUAGAGCGAGAAGCUCGAAUCUGCAGACUGUUAAAACAUCCCAAUAUAGUUCGUCUCCAUGACAGUAUAUCUGAGGAGGGCUUCCAUUACCUUGUGUUUGAUUUGGUCACAGGUGGAGAGCUGUUUGAAGACAUUGUAGCAAGAGAGUACUACAGCGAGGCUGACGCCAGCCACUGUAUCCAGCAGAUUCUGGAGAGCGUUCAUCACUGCCACAUUAACGGCAUUGUGCACAGAGAUUUGAAGCCUGAGAAUCUGUUGUUAGCAAGUAAACUAAAGGGAGCUGCAGUGAAGCUGGCUGAUUUUGGACUCGCAAUAGAGGUGCAGGGUGAGCAGCAGGCGUGGUUCGGUUUUGCUGGGACGCCUGGUUAUCUGUCGCCUGAGGUUCUGAGAAAAGAUCCUUAUGGCAAACCAGUAGACAUGUGGGCCUGUGGUGUGAUCCUCUACAUCCUGUUAGUUGGUUAUCCUCCGUUUUGGGAUGAAGAUCAGCACCGUCUCUAUCAGCAGAUCAAAGCCGGGGCGUAUGACUUUCCCUCUCCAGAAUGGGACACAGUGACUCCGGAAGCGAAAGAUCUGAUUAAUAAAAUGCUCACAAUAAAUCCCAACAAACGCAUCACUGCAGCCGAGGCUCUCAAACACCCCUGGAUCUGUCAACGCUCCACCGUGGCCUCCAUGAUGCACCGACAGGAAACUGUAGAGUGUCUGAAGAAGUUUAAUGCCAGGAGGAAGCUGAAGGGCGCCAUUUUAACAACACUGCUAGUUACCAGGAACUUUUCAGCAGCUAAGAGUUUGUUGAACAAGAAGCCGGACAGUGUGAAGGUCAACAACAAGACCAACAAAGACACAGGCUCGGCCCCAGCACUGGAACCUCAGACAACGGUCAUCCACAAUCCAGUGGAAAGAAAUAAGGAGUCAACAGAGAGUAACAACACCACUAUAGAGGAUGAAGAUAUAAAAGCCUGUCAAGUUGUCAGUAAAGCUCGAAAGCAGGAGAUCAUUAAAGUCACUGAGCAGCUGAUUGAGUCCAUCAACAACGGAGACUUUGAAACUUACUCUAAGAUGUGUGAUCCUGGUCUGACGUCUUUUGAGCCUGAGGCUUUGGGGAAUCUAGUAGAAGGACAUGAUUUCCACCGGUUCUACUUUGAACACGCUCUGUCUAAGGGCACUAAACCGGUUCACACUAUCCUGUUAAACCCUCAUGUCCACUUGAUCGGCGAGGAUGCUGCGUGCAUCGCAUACAUCCGUCUCACGCAGUAUUUAGACUCUGGCCGUCCGAGAACCGCUCAGUCUGAGGAGACGCGAGUGUGGCAUCGCCGUGACGGGAAGUGGCAGAACAUCCACUACCACCGCUCUGGAGCACCGGGUGCCAACUGAAGUGAGCUUGCCUAUCAGCUGGAGGCCACGCCCACUGCAUCAACCCACUGCAAAAGAUAUCACAGUCUAUCUCAUUGUCUCUCUCUCUCUCACACACACACACACAUACAAAGAAAAUGAUGAAAGGAAGGUGUGUUUUUACCAAUUAAUUUUGUUUUGUUUAUAAUGAUGAACAUAAAUCUGUGUGUGUGUGUGUGUGUGUGUGUGUGUGUGUGUGUUGUUAACGUGAUGUACAUAUGUGAUAAACAAUUUACAAAUAUGUCUUACAGAAAAAUGCAGGAUUAUGUUAAAGGCUUUGUUCACACACACACUCACACUCACAGUGUUUACCAAUGUGAUUAUA